AUGGAUGCUGAGCUGGAGUUUGCCAUCCUGCCCAGCACGACUGGCAAACAGCUCUUUGACCAGAUAGUGAAGACCAUCGGGCUGAGGGAAACCUGGUUCUUUGGCCUCCAGUAUCAGGACAGCAAAGGCUUCUCCACCUGGCUCAAACUGAACAAGAGGGUGACCGCGCAAGAUGUGAAGAGGGACAACCCUUUGUUGAUCAAGUUCAGGGCAAAGUUUUACCCUGAGGAUGUCACGGAGGAACUGAUCCAGGAAGCAACUCAGCGCCUCUUCUUUCUGCAGGUCAAAGAAUGCAUCCUAAAUGAUGACAUAUACUGUCCACCUGAGACUGCAGUGCUCUUGGCCUCGUAUGCGGUUCAGGUCAAACAAGGAGACUACAGGAAAGACUAUCACGCGCCGGGAUACCUUGCAAGAGAGAAGCUGCUGCCACAGAGGGUUUUGGAGCAGCACAAGCUGAAUAAGAAUCAGUGGGAGGAGAGAAUCCAGGUGUGGCAUGAAGAGCACAAGGGAUUGCUGAGGGAAGACGCCAUGGUGGAGUACCUCAAGAUAGCCCAGGAUCUGGAGAUGUACGGGGUCAACUACUUUAACAUCAAGAACAAGAAAGGGUCAGAGCUGUGGUUGGGAGUGGAUGCCCUGGGGCUGAACAUCUACGACAAAAAGGAUAAGAUGACCCCAAAGAUUGGCUUCCCCUGGAGUGAGAUCAGAAAUAUUUCCUUCAACGACAAGAAGUUUGUCAUCAAACCGAUGGACAAGAAAUCUCCGGAUUUUGUUUUCUACGUGCCUCGUCUCCGCAUCAACAAACGUAUCCUGGCAUUGUGUAUGGGGAAUCAUGACCUGUACAUGCGUAGACGUAAACCCGACACUAUCGAGGUGCAGCAGAUGAAGGCCCAGGCCAGGGAGGAGAAGAACAAGAGGCAGAAGGAGAGGGCUCUGCUGGAGAGUGAGAAAAAAAAGCGAGAAAAUGCUGAGAAGGAAACAGAGAAGAUUGCUCGUGAGACCAUGGAGCUGAUGGAGAGAUUGAGACAGAUUGAAGAGCAGACAAAGAGAGCUCAAGAUGAGCUGGAGGAGCAGACUCGCAGGGCUCUUGAAUUAGAGAAGGAGAGGGCAAUCGCUCAGGAGGAGGCUGAGCGACUGGACAAGGAGCGCAGAGCUGCAGUGGAAGCUAAAGCAGCCCUGCUCUACCAGUCUGAACACCAGAUCAAGAGCCAGGAAAGCCUGGCCACUGAGCUGGCAGAGCUUACUUCUAAGAUCUCCCAGCUGGAAGACGCCAAGAAGAAAAAGGAUGAGGAGGCGAAUAGUUGGCAGAAAAGGGCGAUGGUGGUAGAAGCUGAUUUGGAGCGAACCAAAGAGGAGCUGAAGACUAAACUCAUGGGUGUCCAAAUCCAGGAUUCUGUCCAGCCUCCCAUGCACGAGCACGACGAGACGGACGAGAGCAGCGCAGAGGCGAGCGCUGAGCUGACCUCUCCGGGCACGGUUCGAGAUCGCAGCGAAGAGGAGCGAGUAACAGAGGCGCAGAAGAAUGAGAGGCUGCAGAAAAACCUCAAGUGCCUGAGCAUCGAGCUGGCUGGAGCUGUAGACGAGAGCAAAAAGACCCCAAAUGACCUGAUUCAUGCUGAGAAUGUGAAGGCGGGUCGCGACAAAUACAAGACCCUACGUCAGAUACGUCAGGGCAACACCAAACAACGCAUUGAUGAAUUUGAGUGCAUGUGAGAGGGCCCGAUUGAAGACAAGAUAAGGAUAGAUUAAGAAAUUGGACACAUUGACAGAUUUUAGAAGUAGGUCCAAUAUAUUGCGUAGAUAGAAUAUUAACCUGACAUGACAGAUCAAACAUAACAGCAAAUUAUAUUGUCCUUGAUUUCAAUGCUGUUUCAUCUAGAAAUAAGUCAGAAGUGACAACUGUUGAAAAUGCAUUAUUAAUGACAUGGGAAUAAAAAACACAUCAUGGUCCAUUUCAGCGUUGCAAAACUAACAUUAUCUAUGCUGUCAUUUAUGAAAAGCUCUGCUGUUGUCCUUGUCAAUUGUACUACACACAUUUUGAAAUGCCAACUAAUGAAAACUUUAAUAAAAUUGAUUAUUAAAAAACAAUGGCAUAAAAGCCACAUCCAUCUAAAUGUUAAAUUAUGUAUUCUUCAUCACGUAAGUAAAAUGCACAGAAACAA